AUGAUCGCCUCCUCGCAAAUAUGGAACCAGUAUCAAAAAGGACUCAAUUCCGCAGCGGGUUUGGGCCUCGUGGGUAGGUCGCUCGGCCGUCGGAUACGUAGAGAAGUAGUGUGCUUCAGGAGUAGUGAGUCGACACUGACCUCUUUCUUCCUCCCUCUUAUACCACCUCCCCAUUCCCGCUUUCUCGGUACAAUGGCGUUUGGAGAGUCCUUGGAGCGCGUCCUCUCUCGGCCAACCGCGAAGCCAUACCGGUCUGGGAAUUUUGCAAAAGACGAGAGAGUCUAUCUAAAUGCCGAUGGACAUGUCGACUUUGGUCCCAACGAUAUAGAGAACCCGAAAGUCUGGUCGACUGCAAGGCGAUGGUAUAUCACCGUGAUCUCUGUCUCGCUAGUCAUCAGCGCAACGUUCGCCUCAUCAGCACCCUCUGGAACACUUCCGAGCAUAUCUGAGGAACUUCACGUAUCGACGACAGCGUCAAAUUUGGUCACGACAUUGUUCCUGCUUGGAUACUGCUUUGGACCACUAGUUUGGGCGCCUCUCUCAGAAUUCUUCGGACGACGAUGGAUAUUCUACCUAACCUUCAAGGCGUACUUCGCCUUCAACUUCCUCUGCGCAUUCACGCCAAACUUCGCCGGGCUACUGGUCGGACGCUUCUUGACUGGCACCCUCGCAUCGGCAGCUCUUAGUAAUGCUCCUGGUGUACUCGCCGAUCUGUGGGGGCCAAUCGAGCGCGGGAACGCUAUGGUAGUUUUCUCCAUGAUGACUUAUGCUGGCCCUGCUCUUGGUCCAGUCGUGGCAGGAUUUCUACAAGUCACGAAGAGUUGGCGCUGGAUCUUCUACGUGCUGAUUUGGUUGGCGUUUGGAACGUUGCUCCCCAUGCUCACGAUUCCUGAGACUCUUCCUUCGAGAGUCCUCACCAACAAGGCGAGACGGAUUCGCAAGGCCAAGAUACCAGGUUACGAGAAUGUGCAGUCACCAGCAGAAGCCGCAAAUCAGAGUCUUGCUAGCAUUUUCAAGGUUGCGCUAACACGGCCAUGGAUUAUCCUGUUCGAUCCGAUUUCGUUCCUGGUGGCUAUAUAUUUGAGUGUCAUUUACGCGCUCCUGUACAUGUUAUUUACUAUAUACCCUAUUGUUUUCCAGCAGAUGCGUGGCUGGAACGCUGGGGUGGGAGCGCUGCCACUGAUCGGUACAAUGUUGGGGGCCUUCCUUGCGGGCGGUAUAGUGUUCUACGAAAGUACAAUCGGGAAGAAGAGAAUGCUGGCUGGAAUCGAACGAACUCCAGAAGACCGCAUGCCUCUGGCAAUGAUUGGUGGCAUUCUCUUCCCUAUAUCGAUGUUCUGGUUCGCAUGGAGCGGCAAUUUCAACUCAUGUCCGUGGCCGGUGGUCGCGAUUGCUGGAGUCUUCCUGUCUACAGGCAUCGUGCUGAUCUUCGUCUCUUACCUGAACUACCUGGCUGACAGCUACUUGCUCUUUGCUGCUUCGGCGAUAGCCGCGAAUACAGUCUGUCGUUCUGCAGCGGGCGCAGCAGCUCCACUGUUUACAGAGCAGAUGUUUGAGGCGCUCGGCGUAGGUCCAGCCGGAUCCCUCAUUGCAGGCGUUGCGUGUCUGCUAGCACCGAUCCCAUUCUUGUUCUACCGAUAUGGAGCAGAAAUCAGAAAGCGAAGCAGGUUUGCGCCCACUGAGGAGGGCAGGCCAACAAAUAACGAUCAAGCUCACUCUGGCGAUCGUGCUUCGCAAGGGGACGCUGGCGGUUCUGAGAAGGAAGAGUUGGCGCUUGAUGAAGAGGCUGGAGUCCUUGGUAAGGACGUUGAGAAGACGUCGCACGAGAGCGAUUCGCCGCAACAGGCCCGAGAUCCGUAUCUUAAUGCUGAUGGCUUGAAAAAGGCAGAACGUUAG